GUCUAGGAAAGAAAUCCCAACCUCUAAAAAUUAUUGCAUGUUCUCUAUCUCUAUAUGACCUUUUGAGAAGGUGGAUGACCUUACGCUUGAAAGCCAAAUACAGACCUGGCACAACAUCCAUCUCUCAGCUGCAGGAAGAAGGUAUCGUGAAGGAAAUAGACAUCAGUCAUCAUGUGAAGGAAGGUUUUGAAAAAGCAGAUCCUUCUCAGUUUGAGCUGCUGAAAGUAUUAGGACAAGGUUCAUAUGGAAAGGUAUUUCUAGUGAGGAAGAUCAAAGGAUCUGAUGCAGGUCAGCUUUAUGCCAUGAAGGUACUUAAGAAGGCAACUCUGAAAGUUCGGGAUCGGGUACGAUCAAAAAUGGAGAGAGAUAUUUUGGCAGAAGUGAAUCAUCCUUUCAUAGUCAAGCUUCAUUAUGCAUUUCAAACAGAGGGAAAGUUGUAUCUAAUACUAGAUUUCCUGCGGGGAGGGGACCUAUUCACAAGACUCUCCAAAGAGGUGAUGUUUACAGAAGAGGACGUCAAGUUCUACUUAGCUGAGCUGGCCUUGGCAUUGGACCACCUCCAUGGUCUUGGAAUUAUUUACAGGGAUCUAAAACCAGAAAACAUUCUUCUUGACGAAGAGGGCCACAUUAAGAUAACAGAUUUUGGUCUGAGUAAAGAAGCCAUCGACCAUGACAAGAGAGCGUAUUCAUUCUGUGGGACAAUAGAGUAUAUGGCCCCAGAGGUGGUCAACCGACGAGGACACACGCAGAGUGCUGACUGGUGGUCUUUCGGUGUACUCAUGUUUGAGAUGCUGACGGGAUCGUUACCCUUCCAGGGAAAAGACAGAAAGGAGACAAUGGCACUCAUUCUCAAAGCCAAGCUGGGAAUGCCGCAGUUCUUGAGCAUAGAAGCCCAGAGCCUGCUGCGAGCCCUCUUCAAAAGGAACCCUUCCAACAGAUUAGGUGCUGGGUUCGAUGGAGUGGAAGAAAUUAAACGUCACCCUUUCUUUGUUACUAUAGACUGGAAUAAACUAUACAGGAAAGAAAUCAAGCCGCCUUUCAAGCCCGCAGUGGGGCGGCCAGAAGACACCUUUCAUUUUGAUCCAGAGUUCACAUCUCGGACCCCCACAGAUUCCCCAGGUGUUCCUCCAAGUGCCAAUGCUCAUCAUCUUUUCAGAGGGUUCAGCUUCGUUGCCUCUAACUUGGUGCAGGAGCCUGCACAGCAAGAUGUGCACAAAAUCACCGUUCACCCAAUUGUGCAGCAGUUACAUGGGAACAACAUUCACUUUACAGAUGGAUACGAGAUCAAGGAGGACAUAGGAAUUGGCUCCUAUUCCGUGUGCAAGAGAUGUGUUCAUAAAGCUACAGAAACAGAGUUUGCAGUGAAG